CUCUGGGACGACACCGCGGGCUUCGGGCGCCUGGACAAGAACGCUCCGCUGAAUUUGACAACCUAACGGCGCAGUUUGGACUGUGCGGCAGCCCGUAGCCCCCAUCCUUUCUCUUCCGGACUUCAGUUUGGAUGGAUCCCUUUAUUUUGGCGAGAGGAGCUUUCGACUGAGAGCCGCCUUUCACAAGGAACUGUUAGUCUUCAAGACUCUCGGCUCCGCGAGGAUCCCGGCUUCCAAGUCCCCACCAAUCGCCUCAAGCACCCUCUCCGCAGCCGGCAGCGGCGCGGCCGGAACUGCGCAAGCGCGGUGCCGCUGACCUCGUGGGGUUCACUUCCGGGGGUCGCGCCGCCGGGCUCUCCAGGCUGGGCUCCGCGCACUCGUGUGUGCUCGGCUGCAGCCUCCCUCCGACCGGCCCGGCGGCACCCACCCGAACCCAGCCGCGGGGCCCGCUCCGGCCCGGCCAUGAGCGCGGCCGCAUGAUGCGUCCCUGCCUCGGCCGUUGCAGUCGCCGCCGCCGCAGGCCGGGAGGAGCCGCAGCGCCGGGCGACCCCGCCCGGGCCUCGGAUCCCGUCACAUAGGACACUAUGCACCUUAAGAUCCUGAAGAAAAGGCGCAAGAUGUCCGAGUAAUGUUUCGAGAUCGUUUGUGAGAAAUGGUCUCAGAAGGAGAUGGAUGGCAGUGUGGCACCGAGUGUGGAAAGAGAUGCACCCUGACCCCAGCGACUGGUGCACUUGGUGUCACGUCGCAAAUGGCCGUGCGGCCUGCUCUGCUGUUUCCAGCACGCGCAGACGGUUCCGUGCCAAGGGGCUGGUGCUUCAUUUCCUCCCCGCCCUUCCUGUUGCGUUCAUGAAGGAUAAACACGGUGACUCAGCAGAAUGCCCGCGCAGGGGGCUGCAGACUGAAUCCAUCGCCGUACCCUGCUGUGUUCAUUGACUGUUUCCUUGAAAAUACAGUGACUUUCGGGGUGCGCCGGGGAAAUCAUGCCGUCAUCAGGACACCGGCUCCGGGAUGUCGAACAUCAUCCUCUCCUGGCUGAAAAUGACAGUUACGACUCUUCGUCCUCCUCUUCCUCGGAGGCCGACGUGGCAGACAGGGUCUGGUUCAUCCGCGACGGCUGUGGCAUGAUCUGUGCCGUCAUGACGUGGCUCCUGGUCGUCUAUGCAGACUUUGUAGUAACAUUCGUCAUGCUGCUGCCUUCCAAAGACUUCUGGUACUCCGUGGUCAAUGGAGUCCUGUUUAACUGCCUAGUGGUGCUGGCCCUGUCGUCCCACCUGAGAACCAUGCUCACCGACCCCGGGGCCGUGCCCAAAGGAAACGCUACUAAAGAGCACAUGGAGAGCUUGCAACUAAAGCCUGGAGAGGUGAUCUACAAGUGCCCCAAGUGCUGCUGCAUCAAGCCCGAGCGUGCCCACCACUGCAGUAUUUGCAAAAGGUGUAUUCGGAAAAUGGAUCAUCACUGCCCGUGGGUGAACAACUGUGUAGGAGAAAAGAAUCAGAGAUUUUUUGUGCUCUUCACUAUGUACAUAGCUCUGUCCUCAGUCCACGCUCUGAUUCUCUGUGGACUCCAGUUCGUUUCCUGUGUCCGAGGGCAGUGGACUGAAUGCAGUGACUUCUCACCUCCCGUGACUGUAAUCCUGUUGAUCUUCCUGUGCCUUGAGAGUCUUCUGUUUUUCACUUUCACUGCAGUUAUGUUUGGCACCCAGAUCCACUCCAUAUGCAACGACGAAACGGAGAUCGAGAGGCUGAAGAGUGAGAAACCGACGUGGGAGCGGAGGCUGCGAUGGGAGGGCAUGCGGUCUGUCUUCGGGGGGCCCCCCUCACUCCUCUGGAUGAACCCCUUUGUUGGUUUCCGGUUUGGGCGGCUGCAGACCAGACCCAGGAAAGGGGGCCCAGAGUUCUCUGUGUGAGGCCUCGUCAUGCCGGGACUUGUCAACAGACUUUAAGUUAUUUAUUUGGGUCUGAAAGGGUAUCAGCAGCUCACCUGUGACCAUUAGGGCAGACAGAACCUACACAGACCAGCUGCUUGCAGCAAGCAGAGUUUUCUAUAUUUAUAGUCACAGAUGGCAGAUUUUCCAAACCAGUGACGGAUGACGCUCUGGCCAGUUUCCACCUGUACAACUGAUGAGCGGUACGAGGCCACGUGAAGAAGCCAAAUACCAUUAUCUUCCUGCACAGUUAGGAUUUUUGUUAAGAACACUUUGCAUUUUCUAAGAAGUUGUGUGGGAUAUUACAUGGGUGAUUAAAAUCCUGUGCAGCAAGCUGCUUUUUUCAAUCAUGAAGAAAAAAAAAAGUCAAUCCAGUGAAUAAGAAUUAUCCAACUAAUGGCUUCAGGGCAUUCCUGUUGACCCUGGGCUUCAUUAGUGCACUCCCUCGAGCAAGAAGGGGCGUUUACAUAGAAAUGCAUUUUGGUCUCAAUGAGCUCUGACACUUUGCACUGAAUUUGCAAAAGAUCUGAGCACUGAACAGUGAAGGUGGCUUUAGGUUCACUCCCGCUGCCCUGGAAGAGGCGUGCUUUGACCCUUUCAGCAAGUCUGUGCGUGUGUGUUUGUGUGUGUGUCUGUGCGUAUGCGUGCGUGUGUGUGUACGUGCGCGUGCAUGUGUGCUUUAAAAUCGGCAGUGUUGUCUAGGUGACAUAACAGGUAAUAGCUGCGUGCAGCCCACGAGCUGUCUUUUAGAAACUGACGUUUCAGGGAAGAGGGGAGAGCUGCCAUGGGACCCUCGUCCCGUGGGGUUUACUAUGAAUGUAUUGCAUUUUGGAGAAUAUCUUGAUCCAAAGAACAAUCACUCCUGUGUGGUCCUUCGUUGCCCUCCUGUUCUAACUUUAUUUUAAAGAUCUUGGGUGCGUGAGGGCCUGGGAACGGACGUGGUUUUGUCCAGCCAACUCAGCAGUGUGUGGACGGCACCUCAGUACGAGAACGGAAGGCUCCUGGGGGCCUCAUACUCUGCAGCUUGAUGUCGGUGGUGGGCGUGGAGGGGGAGCAUGGCCGCAGUGACUUCGCAAAGACAGACAGGUGCUGGACUCCGAGCCUCCCUCACUCACUCGCAGAGAGUACUCAGGAUGGCAACAGCUUUAUUUUUUGUAUCAUUUAUGUUUGUUUCUCUACCCACGUCACAAGCGAUGAAACAGGACGUUCGGUGCAGAGCUACAAUGCUACCAGAAAGCAAACAGCUCCCCUUCUCGGGGACUCGCCUUAAACUUGCCUGUCUGUCCCUGUUCUGCGGGACUCGUGAGGAAGCGAUCCGUGGCCCAGUCCGAGGCUCUCCCGCAAGCCUUCCUGCACGCUAAGAGUUGGUCUUACCUCCCUGGCUUUGAUGCCUUUCCGUUCGUCUGUGAACUGUUCUGUUUCUGUUUGGAAUUACUCCGUAUCCUCUCCUAAUCAGGGCUUCUGCUGCUGCUGACACAGAUCCACAGGGGGACCUACCUGAGACACAGCUGUCGCCCGGCUGGAGGAGGUCUCGGAAAUGGACCGAGUCUCUGCACACAUGUGUGAGCCGCGGGGGAGGGGCCGCAUCCCCGCCAGAGGGGCAGGCCCGAGGGGGCUGGACACGACGCGCAUCCAGAGGUCGUGUGGCACUCAUUUGCACAUCUGUUGUCUGGGGUGGACAUGUGUAUUCGGCUUCAGUGUGAGGCUUUUAAUAUGUAUACCUGUUUAUCAAUAAAAACAUGGUCGAAGUGGUUGAACCCCGUGAGACUUGGCAAGUGUGUGCAGAUCAAGUGUCCUUGACUUUCACCUCUUCAGGGUCACUUUCAUGUGCAGUAAAAGUCGUCGCUGAUGGCCGCGGACAGCUGGGUGAGUGGCACAGGUCCUCACUGACCGUCAGCACCAGCAGCCUGGCCGCCGCCGUCACGGUGGCACUGUCCCCAAGCCCUGAAAUGCUCAGGUGCCAUGCCGAGUGACGUGGGCCGGUGGGCACUGCCCUACCCACGGUUACUGUCUGCUCCAAGUCGGGGCAUGCCGUUGGCUUGACUUGAUUCGGAGUAUUCCUGUCAGUUUUUUUAGUGCACUUUGAAAUAAAAACAAUUUUUAAAAA